AUGCGAUAUUUACAAAUUCGACGGACGCUCUACAGUCUCACUGGCAAAUGGCCGAAAACUUCAGCAAUAGAGCGUACCAAAGAAAUCGAACGGCAUUGGAUACCUAAACUAUUAGAUGAACAUGAAAAAUAUGAAAUAGAUCCAGAGAAUAACAACAAAGAAAAGAUGUAUGUUUUACCAAUGUUUCCUUAUCCAUCCGGUCGUUUGCACAUGGGACAUGUUCGAGUGUAUACAUUGAGUGAUACACUAGCACGUUAUUAUCGACUGCGUGGUCAUCGAGUUAUUCAUUGUAUGGGCUGGGAUGCAUUUGGUUUACCAGCUGAAAAUGCAGCUUUUGAACGGUCUGAAGAACCGAUUGAAUGGACGAAAAAAAAUAUUGCUUAUAUGAAACAACAAAUCAAACAACUCGCGUGCAGUUUUGAUUGGAAACGAGCAACAACAUGCGAUCCAAAUUAUUAUAAAUGGACGCAAUACAUUUUUCUCAUGUUAUAUCGUGAAGGAUUAGUUUAUCAAAAGAAAGCUGCUGUUAAUUGGGAUCCGGUUGAUCAAACUGUUCUUGCUGAUGAGCAAAUCGAUGAAGCCGGUCGAUCAUGGCGGUCGGGUUCGAUCGUGGAAAAGAAAUUCUUGAAGCAAUGGUUCAUUCGCACACGCGCGUUUACACAGACAGCAUUUUAUUCAACGAAAACACCCUAUAAGCCGCCCUCGGCGGCUUUGGAUUUACCGCCACCACCGCCCGAAUAUGACUUAGUAUGCGCACAGAUCUUUACUCGACAUGGUUCACGGGCAUUGGAAGGUCGGAAAUAUGACACGCUGACGAAAGCACUAUGGAUUCAAGCAAAGGAAGAAAAUGCGUUAACAGAACUCGGUCGACAAUUCGGAAACGAUUUGCAAUAUUUUGUUGAUGUCAACGAUCAAAUUGGACGUGGCGAACUAUCUGAACUGGGUAAACACGAACAGCAAGGUCUUGCACAUCGCGUAGCAGAACGUCUUCUACCACUAUUUAUCAAGAGUCUACUACGCAACGAAUCGAAAAGUAUUCAAGUUGUUAGUAGUAACAAGUCACGGACCAAAGCAAGCCUACGAGCAUUUGUUGAAGGUUUACCACCAAGUGUUGUUCGUCUUGUUGAUCAUCAACCACCGAAUCCAUCGUUACUUUUCUUCCAUGACAAUGCGAGAUAUCAAACAUAUUUAAAAAAUGAUAGACGGUUGAAAAAUAAAUUAAAAUCUAUCGAAAGACAAUCUUACUCAAAACAAAUGGCUCGAGAUAUUCUGGAGCAACUCUAUCGACCAUCAUUUAUCGAUAAGCUUGUAGAUAAACAAUACUGUUUAACGGAUCAUGAAUCUGACAGAUCAAUAAGAAAUGAAUUCGAUGCUGUACGCAUGCUUCAUGCUCUUUAUUUGAUUGGCUCGAACUUAGAACAAGAAGGUGUUGGAUGUUUGUUCGAAAAAUACUUUUCGAAAAAUCAAUCAGCUUGGUAUGCUUACUUACAAGAUGCUAAAGAUUACUAUGAGAAAGGACCGGGAUUUCUCAAUCAAACAAUAACUUAUGAUAUGGCACAAAUCUUACUUGAUGAAUUUCUCGUCGAUUCAGAUGAAUGUUCGCAGAUAGAUGCGAAGCAUUUUCUUCGCGUACGUUUCGGACACGCUGAAGGCAUUAUUCCAUUCAUCGCUCUACUGAAAAUACCCAUUCUGAGCGACAAACAAACACCACCUAAAGAAAUAUACACCUAUGCGAACAAUGGAUGGCGUGGUGAAAUUAUUUCACCAAUGUCAGCAAAUAUUCAAUGGGAAAUAUUUCGAUAUCAUCCUCGUCAUCAUGGUAGAAAUUCUCGUCCUGAAGAUGAAAAAAUUCUCUCCCUCGUUGACAAUCUUGACACAUUAGACAAAGAUGAUUGGCAAACCUUGAUUAAUAUUCAGCGCAUGUGGAUGGGAGAUUGUAAUGGAGUAAAUAUUCAGUUUAAAUUAAAGAUUCCAACGAAUGAAUUUGAUUUUCUCGAAACAUUUACAACCAAACCAGAGACAUUAUUAAAUGUUACACACCUCUACAUACGAAGCAAUCAUAAAUUAGCUCGAGCAGACCUAAUUGAAGAAACAAAGGCAGGUGCUAAACGUUUACGUACGGAUGCGGUUCAUCCACUGACCGGACAACCAUUACCGAUAUUUAUAAAUGACGAUGCAGAUUUUGGUCCAAAAAUACGUGCGAAUAUGUCUAUGCUAAAUGUUCAGAUAGGCACACCUUCGACUAAUCCGUUCGAUGAAGCUUUUGCACGUCAACAUAAUAUCUCAACAAUCCUCGACUCAUCAGCGCCUGGACAGACGAUGGAUGUUGAAACAUUGAUGGCAGAACUGCGAUCGCGUGGCUUAGGUGGUUAUCGUACAUCUGGUAAACUUAAUGAUUGGUGUAUUUCACGACAACGUUAUUGGGGUACACCCAUACCAAUGAUUCAUUGUAAAAAUUGUGGAGUUGUUCCAGUUCCAGAAAAUGAACUACCUGUUCAGUUACCACCUAUAGAAAACAUCAAAUCUUCGUCCAGAACAGGCACUUCGCCGCUGGCAAAUGCUCAUGAAUGGUUGAAAACACAAUGUCCAAAAUGUGGAAAUCAAGAAGCCAAACGUGAAACUGAUACAAUGGAUACAUUUGUUGAUUCUUCGUGGUAUUUUCUUCGUUACUUAGAUAAUGAAAACACAAAAAAGCCUUUCGAGCCAAAUAUUGUCAAUCAAUCGAUGCCAGUCGAUCUUUAUAUCGGUGGACUAGAGCAUGCUUUAACACAUUUGUUUGUUGCUCGGUUUAUUCAACAUUUUAUGUACUCAAAAGGUUUAUGUACCUCUAUUGAACCAUUCAAACGAUUUAUUCCUAUCGGAAUGGUUCAAGGUAAAACUUAUAAGACAUUGAGUGGUCAAUACGUAAGAAAAGAUCAGGUGUUAACAAUUGAUAAAGACACAACGGCUCAUUCAUUAACAAAAGAACCACUACAAAUUAAUUGGGAGAAAAUGAGUAAAUCCAAAUAUAAUGGCAUUGAUCCUGAAGAGAUUAUUGACAAGUAUGGUGUGGAUUUCACUCGAAUGCUAAUGCUCAGUUUUGUACAUCCAAGAUCAUUACGCAAUUUCACACUGGAAGAUGGCAUUGCGGAAGGUUUACAGAAUUGGUUUAAACUUUUCACAUAUCUCUAUGUUGAUUUAAUCGAACCACGAACAAAAUCGGAUACAAAAUCAUCCAUAAAUCAUGAAGAAUUCCAGCAAAUCGAAGCAUCAUUACGUGAACAACGGCUGCAUACGAUUUACACAGUUUCGUUCUAUAUCGACAGUUUUUUUAGUAUCGCAUCAGCCAUCAUUGAAUUACAAAAGUUAACACGUCAUCUCCGAAAAGUGUCCGCAGACGUUAAAAAGCAAUCAAAGGAAUACUCUCAAUCACUAUGUGAUCUACUAGUAAUGAUGGCACCCGUGAUUCCGUGUUUAUCAUCUGAACUUUGGAUUAUAUUACAAAAGCAAAUGAAAACGAAUAUCGAUGGUUACGAUCUAACUAAAAGUCUAUUCGAACAAAAGUUUCCAACAUUACCUGUUGAUUAUCCUGGCAAGAUCAAUGCUCUAUUCGAAACGACUGUUUUCUCAUCGAUGCCUAUCUCUCGGUCACAACUGGCAACUAUGACAACGGCAGAUGUUCUUCAACAUUUGAUUGAGAAUGACAAACAAUCAGAAAUGAAAGCAUUUAUCGCAAAAAACGGCUUGAAAUUGGAUCGUUCACGUAAAUUAGGCGAUUAUUGUACAACAUUGAUCUAUGAACGUGACCCAACGAUUCCGUAUGUAGAGCCAAUAGAACCCAUUGUUGAAAAGAAAAAGAAUAAACCACCAAAGAAGAAACCUACUUCUUGA